AUGACUGCAGUCUAUAUUAUGUGUCGUUUAUGGUUUGGCGUAUCUAGGCGAUGUUAACCCCAAAAUAUUGAUAUCUAUUUUUGCUCUCUUUAAUUUAGUAUUAAUACAAACUACAUAAACGACCAAUAGCUGGCUAGAUCAAACUGGCUUUUCUAAAUGUUCAUUUCGCUAUAAAUUCUAACUACUGAUUUUAUAAUCAAUAUUACACUUAAUAAUCAAUAUAAGAUAGCAAAUUUGGAAAAUGGCGCAAGAAGUAGAGGAAACUAUGAAACGUAUUCAAUCACAUAAAGGAGUAGUUGGAACAAUUGUAGUUAAUGCAGAAGGUAUUCCAAUAAAAUCUACAUUGGACAAUACUACAACUGUUCAGUAUGCAGGAUUGAUAAGCCAAUUAUCAGAUAAAGCAAGAUCUGUAGUACGUGAUUUAGACCCAACGAAUGAUCUUACUUUCUUACGUAUUCGUAGUAAGAAACAUGAAAUUAUGGUUGCUCCAGAUAAAGAAUUUAUACUUAUAGUGAUACAAAAUCCAGUUGACUGAUGUCUAAAGGAGAAAAUAAUACAUGUACGAAUAUAUGGUUUAUAAAUUAUUGAUAUAUUAUUUCACGUGGCAUAUUCUAUUACAAUGCUAACUACACAAUGCAAAUGUCAUAUAAAAUCAAUGUUGAUUUCUACUUCUAAAACAACAUUAGAGAAUAUGCUUUAUAAUUAUUAUCACAUAAAAGAGUUCAUACAUAUUGUGCUGCAUAGUAAAAUGGCUUCAAAUAUUAUUGAACAAUUACUAAAACUGAAAAUUUUAAUUAUUUAACAAAUUUCUUUUAACAAAUUUUUAUUUAUUGUAAUUAUCACAGUUAUAGUAUUUACGGGUUGUGUAAUUAUUGUUUCAUAUUGUUAUUUUUUAAUAAAUUUUCAUUAAAACAGUACAUAACAGAUUCAACUUGUAUCCUAUAAAGUUCAAAAGAAUAAUACCUCAUGUUAUGGAAAUGAUGCAUUUUAUUUAAUGUAUAAGUAUGUAAAGUACAUUAAAUUUAAAAAAGCUAUAAAUAUAUAAAUUUGUAAUAGUUGGCUUUAUCUAAGUAUAUUAACGAAUGUUACAAUUUUCAUUUUAUCUUUAGAUCAUUUUUACACAUUUAUAGUACUUUAAUAUUCAUAUAAAAAUAUGUAUAAAAAUUUUACAAUACAAUUAUUUAAAAAAUACGGUAAAAGACGCAUUAUAUACGCUAUUAUUACAUUAUCUAGUCACCUGACUUUUUCAGUCUUAAAGGUACUGUCAUUGGCAAGCUUAUGAUAAUAAUUAAUAUAUUUUUUUAAGUAUAUAAUGAUCACUUCGUUUGUUGAUUGUAUACAUGUAUAACCAUGUAAUUUACAAAUAAAGUGUUUUGAGUUGAA